AUCUCUCUCUCUCUCUCUCUCUCUCUCUCACUCCGUCUCGCAUCCACAUCUCUUCAUGCCUCCGUCGGCUCCGCUUCUGUUCCUUCCUUUUCUGCAUCCCUCUUCCUUUCCUCCGUCUGGUCCGUCUUCUUCAUCUUCUUCUUCUUCUUCUCCUCCUCCUCCGCCUCCUUUGGUUUCUCCAUCCUUCGACAUGCUCCCCACGUGAAGUCCGUCAACUUGCAUGUAGCCGGUGGAUGCGGAGUAGAAAAAUAAAAUUCCAAAAAAUACGAACUAUAAAACCCCCAGAGCAGUCGCCUGACGCAGAUGCUGUGUCGGGGACCAGGAGGAGAGAACACGCUCGUUUGCAUCCUUCGCUGAUCGCGUCGCACGGAGCAACAGCGAUGGAUCUGUCAUUCAUGGCCGCGCAGAUCCCAGUGAUGACGGGAGCCUUCAUGGACUCCUCGCCCAACGACGACUACAGCGGCGAGCACUCGCUCUUCAACUCCUCGGCCAGCGUCCACGCUGCUGCUUCGGCCGCCUCGGUACACGGUCAGCAGGAUGAGUCGCAGUCCAUGUCCAGCGACGCCAUCUGGCUCUGGAUCGCAAUCGUCGCCACUAUUGGGAAUAUAGUGGUGGUGGGCAUUGUCUACGCCUGCACUUUCUGAUGAACAUUAACGCUCACAAAGACAAAUGUACACAUCCUGUCUUUUUCAGGACCUCUUGACCCCUGAGUGAGGCCUUGCUCUGCAAAUACACAUACACACUCUCUCUCUCUCUCUCUCUGUCUCUUUGUCUCUCUCCCUCUCUCUUUAUUUCUUUCUCUCUCUCUCUCUUGGCUUUUUUGCAUCAGUUUGGGGCUCUGAGGGUGUGGAAGGCGUCAUUCUUGACAAUGACAUAUAGACUACUAUAUUUCUUCAUCAGAGGGAAAGACUGGGACUUGGCGGCAUUUGCCGUCAACAGACGGAAGUUUGAGACGAAGCUUUUGUGUGUGUGAUAGCUCCUUAGUUAAAAACAGAAACAAGAGACCUGCGCUCUCAACCAAGAAUCAAAUUAACUUUAUUUUUUUUAUUUUUUUUUCAGUUAAGUUUGUUUCCAUGUCUCAGAAAACAGCCGUUCUUGUACUGCAGAGUGAAGAAUGGAAAAUAAAUGGGGCUUAAGAUUCGGGUUGAUCCGGGCCAUCUUAAACAUUCCCCGGAUAGUUGCUAGUGCAGUGCUGUUUAAUUAUGCGGCUGAACAGAGAUGGUGAAUGUUAAAACAUUUAGAAAAGUGCUGGGAUUGUUUUCAAGCCAGGCAGCUGUAAGGGCCUGGAGGUUAGAGCUCAUUUAAGGACUCUUUUGUGGAUGAAACAUAGUAUGGACACUGAUCAUUAGUGUAUAUAGUAUGUUUCUAAACAAUUUUACUGACAGGACAUGGAGUACAGGACACGGGCUGUCAUCGAACUCCCUUUGGUACACACUUCAAAUCCAAAUGAAAUGUUUUGUGCAAUGCUAACUCAGCUUUACACAAUAAUCCGAUCCUGCGUAAAACCAAGUCAGCCCUUUUCAAAUGAAUGGUCUUAUUGUCAAAUACCUACAGUGAUAUCCACCAGGGAUUAUUAGAAAAUCUAAUUGUAUUGUCAUGGUCUGUUCAGUUAUGUUUAGAUAUGAUCUACAGAUGUUAUCAAAAUAGACUUAGAAGCACAAGAUCUUUACUUAUUCACCUGAUUACUUUGUGGUUGUGUUGGCUUUUUUUUUCCAGUAAGUACAGCCAUUAAAAUUAUUCUUUUUCCUUAAAAAAUUACUGUCAGCAAUAGAAGAUAAAAGUUCCCGAUAUUACAGCUGUGUUAGAGCUGAUGGGGGGGAAAAUGGUAAGAGUGUGUCUCCAGAACUUAUGUAACACUGACCAGGUUUCUGGUGAACUCUGUGAUAAAUGUGUACCAAUGUGAGUGGGAAGCGUUGCCUCAUUUCAAAAACGAAAUUUGGUUUCAUAUCAAGCUGCUGUUCAGUAAAUUAGCCUUGUGUUACCGUGGAAUCUGGAGGCAGCUGUCUCCAUGGCAACUAAUCCUCACCCUAAUUGGGAACUUACUUUCAGUCUCAAACAUAAAUGCAGCCACACGUGCAAUUACAGCUUUAAAAAAAUAAAUAUUAAAAAAUGCAACUAUUGGGGCUGAUAGAGAUGGACUUAAAGUCUGCCAAGAGGCAUCUGUGCUUUGCUGACAGUCAUUUCCCCCCUUUUAUGACAACAGGCUACGAAGAAAAUGUGGAUAAAAACAGUGCGUUUGUUUUUUUCCAAAUGUGCUUUCAGAGUCAGCAAAUUGUUUUAUCUGUCAACUGGUUUUCUUCUCUCUCAAUCUGUACAUGUCUAAACAACUGACAUAUACAUGUAGCACUUUGAGAUUGCUUUUAGCAAUGUUUAGCAAUUUUAGCAAAGUGCUCUAUAAAUGAAAUUUAUUAUUAUUCUUAUUAUAAUAAAUAGAUGCUGAGACAGAGAGAAAUCCAUGACAGAGUCCUUUUUUCAAUGACUUCUAUUUCUCCUGCGAUAUCGAAGACAAUGUCAAUGUGCUUUAGAUUAAAGGAUACAGCCCUGUUUUGUAGAUGCCAUAUCUGUUCAAAUGUUCAUACACUGCAACAAUACCAGCUUACUGUAUCAAGUGUAUCAUGCAAGGAGAACUUCAGACACACACUAAUCUUGUCAUUAUGAGUGUUAGUAUGCAAUGUUCAAAGCAGGACUUUUCAAGCCUGAUAUUUUUAAUAAAUGGUUGAUGUUGAAAUAUUUAGACCUGCCGUGCACCACAUACACAAUGCUCCUUUUGUAAAAACAUGCUUCUAUCAACAUUUCUGUAUCAAUGCACCUUCUCUUUCUCUGUUGAUAAAAGAGUUAUUCAUGUCAACUGAACCAGUUCA